AUGAAUUAUCUUUCAUUAAUUUUAAUAAAUAUUUUACUUCUACAACUUCAUAACUUACAAAUUUGUCUGUCGGAAGAGACAUCAAAGCCAAUCACUUGCCCAGAAACUACAUCAAACCUCGAGAAACGAAACUUUGAGAAGCAUCGCGGAUGGGCAAAACGACAUACGAAGCAGAAAUCUCCAACAGUCGUCAAUGAUCCCGAGUUUGCAUUCGACGACUCCGAAGACGAACCGUUAGGACUUCUGCCACAAAAUUCAUUGGUCCAUGUCGACUGUGAAGAGUAUCCAUGUUAUAAUGGCUUCCCGAAAAGACGCGGGUGGGGCAAAAGAAUAUUUGAAGAAGUUUACAAGAGGAGAGGCUGGGGCAAGAGAGGUGAUCAUUUAAAAGAGGAUGAAUAA